UUUAGAAAGUGUUGCAUUUACCCAACGCACAGUGAGGUUGUUGAAGACGAAAAAGCACCGUUAAAAGCUAAAUUCCUUUGCGAGCCCUACAAGAAUUUUGAACAAUACCUUGAAACUCACUUUUGGCUGAUGCGAGAAGAGACAGUGGGUUCACUGCGGAAACUAGUGAAACCAUUAAUACACAACGAAUACCUGAAAUCACCUUCGUACAUGGUCGCUAGAUUCAUAAAGCCGUCUGAUGGCGAAGAAAGAGAUAAAGGCGUCAAAGUGCGAUUCAUCAAUCGUAACCUGCCUAGCAAAAUGGGAAUGAGCCGCGAGGAUUACUACAGAAAAAGAUUGUGUCCCGGCACUCUCAUUUGCUUCACGUGCAACUCUUUUGAAACCCUGCUUUUCUCCACGGUGAGCUUUUCAAGCGAGUCAUAUUUAAAACAAUCGGAAGUGUUCGUCAAUUUCUGCACGUCACAUUACAAGGAUGAGAAUAUCUAUGAAAAAGAUUAUAUCAUGAUCGUCAGCGAAAGCAACUUUGAUAGACAUAAAUUCGUACUCCAAGUUCUUCAACGCAGUACCAUACACACGAUACCCUUUCAUAAAAAUUUCGUCCAUGUAACAAUACGCUGCGAUCUCCCUCGGUAUUUGGCACAACUCGACGACAAAUUGAUAACAGUGAAGGGAGUAAACAAAGAUUUUACGUCAGUGUACGUCACAGACCCAAGCACCUGGCCCGCGGCCUCUGAACUCGGACUCGACACGUCACAGCUGGCAACCCUGCAAUCCGCCCUGACGAGGAAGUUAGCCUUGAUCACGGGGCCGCCUGGAACUGGAAAAACCUACGUCGGUCAGAAGUUGGCGCAAAUUCUGAUCGAAAACAGGGCUGCCCUGAACCUGACAAAGCCAAUUUUGGUCUUGAGCUUCACAAACCAUUCGCUUGAUCGCUUUCUCCUUGGACUGCUGAAAUUCACGAACAAGUUGGUCAGGGUUGGCAGCAGUAAAUCGAAAUUCGCUGAGCUGAACUCACACAAUUACAAGAAGAAGGAUGGAACUUUUCAUGAGCGUAUGGCCCACCAGGACGUGAUCGGGAUGACUGCGGCCAAGGUGUGUGAAUGGCAUUGCAGUAAUUGUUGAAGACGCUCCAGAACUUCUUGAGGCCACGUUGGUGGCCUGUUUGACCGAAAAAUGCAAGCACCUAAUCAUGAUAGGUGGACACAAGCAGCUUACUCCAAAACUGGAGUUCUCCGAUUUAGCAGCUUAUAAACUGCAUGUCUCAUUUUUUGAGAGGGUGCUCGUGAAGAGAAGCAACCAGAAGCAGCUCCAGGUGCAGCACAGGAUGGCGCCUGAGAUGACAAAGCUGAUUUCACCCCUAAUUUACCCUGAGAUGGAGCACGACGCGAGUGUGCUGGACCUGCCACCGCUGAAAAUUUUAACAAAGCGAGUGUCUUUUGUUGACCAUCAAAUCGAAGAGGAUGAUCUUCCUGAAUUUGACGAAUCCUCUCAGGCCCUUACAAAUCAUUGGAGUGGGAGCAACAGAAAUGAAAAAGAGGCCCUUUUCGUAGUUGACCUUUGCAAGUACCUGGUAUCGCAAGGAAUUCCUCCCGAGGACAUCACUAUCUUGACCAUCUACUCGGCACAGACCUAUAUGAUCUUUCAGCUUUUAAAGAAAGACCUUUUGCCAGAGUUUGAGAGCUUCAGGGCUAUCGAAACUGCAACAGUUGACAAUUAUCAAGGCGGGGAGAACAAAAUCAUCAUUCUUUCUCUCGUAAGAAGCAACCCUCUUGGGUUCUUGGGACUUCUGGACGAUGAAAAGAGGAUCGGCGUGGCCUUGUCCAAAGCGAAGGAUGCCCUGGUUAUUGUGGGAAAUAUGAAAACCCUCUCCACCAAAAGCAGCACCUGGAAUUCAAUGAAAAAGGUUCUCAUCGAACAAGGCGCUUUGAGUCAUUCCUUGGAACUCAGGUGCUCCGCGUAUCCAAUGCAGACACAUUUAGUUUCAUUAAAAGAGCGGUACAAGUUAGACCGGAUUUGCAGUGAGGACACGUGCAAAGGGCCUCUCAGAUCAGGGCAUCAGACUGUCGAGCAGCCGGCAUCGGUUGAAGAAAACAAACGCUGCGGAAAAACAAAAAACUGCGGUCACAUAUGUAAUGUCGAAUUUCACCCAGACGAAAAAGCCGAUUUCCACCAAGAAAAGUGUUGGGAGCCGUGCCUCCGGACGUGCAAGUCCUGUCUCCACCGCUGCAGACUCCUCUGCAACUUGCCUUGCUUACCUUGCCCAGAGGUGCGCGUGGUCACUUUUUCCUGCGGCAGGCACAGCAAAGAAAUCGUCUGCAGUGACUGGAGCCCUGACUCAGAUUGCGAGGAAGAGUGCGGCCUGCCGAUGCAGUGCGGACACAGUUGCAGCAAGAAGUGCCACGAGCCUUGCGCCACCUCUUGUAGGCGUUGCAGUGGCGAGUGUCAUGAACCAGGUGCCACCUUUUGCUGGCAUUGCGAUAAAAAUAUGUAUAUUUUGGAUGCCAGCGCCGCCGGCUUGUUUGUCAGUGGUGUGAUUAUGAUCGCAAUACUCAUUUGGAAGUAACACAUAUGGAUGUGCAAUCUUUGAAUCAAAAUAAACGGAAAUUUUAGAUGUGUAUAGUG